AUGUCGCAGUCGCUCGGUCUUCUGAAGCACAUUCCUUGCCCCAAGGGCGACGACUGCACCGCCUUUCGCUGCCUCUUCCGGCACAAAGGCGACGAGGAAGCAUGGCCUCUUCCUAGCAGCCCCCAGCCCGCGCAGCAGCCCGGCCCACCACAACCUCCAAAUACAGAGGUCCAAGAUCAAGAGCAACCUCGCAAGCGGCAGAGGACUGCUGAUGAUGCAUAUGACCCUGCUUCGCCUGCUUUGCCCAAGCCCAGGGAGACUGUUGCGCCUGCGGCUGAAGACGUGACUGCACCUGCGCGCCGUGCAGACACCCGCCCUGCAACGAUUAGCAGACCUGUGUCACCACCACCCCUGAAGCGAAAGGCUCCUCCAACGGUGAACGACGCUGAACAGGGAAAACAGCCAUCAUCUGCGCAAAAUGGUUCCUCGAACCUUAUUGUCAAAGAGCCCGCAUUGGCCAAGAAGCCGGCUGUUAAUACCCAGCCAUCAGCUCGGAAGAAAGAAGGACUAAAUCCACGGAUGCUCAAAUCUUCACCGGCAUCCCACGAAACACGUCACAAGAUCCUCAAAGCCCUCCACGCAGAGUAUGUUCGUUUAAAUAAAGAGGUUGAGAAGACGGCCAAAGGGGAUGAUCAGGCUCUUGUCCUCUCGCCGCAGGAGCUUAUAUGGCUGGCUUUGGACGAGGAAGAGAAGCAUGCUCGAGACAAGCCUGCAAUCUAUUCGAACACCAUCAAACAUCGAAUCGUAGCAUACAAGAGAAUGAACGUCGAAACGUGGAUCAAGGAGCGGCGUGCAGCACUGCAGCUUGCCACAAAGCCGAUCAAAGCUAACACACUCGACACAUCCAAACCACCCGAGCCAAUUAGCACUGGCUUGACUGUCGAGGAGGAAGUCUACCUUUUGAAGUCAAGACUUCAAACACCGAUCACCAACUUGGCACAAUACGGCUACGUCCCUACCAUUCCGACCGACGAAGAAAUUCGGAAAGCGAAAGAGGCCGAUGAGAUGACGAAGGGCUGGGAAGUCUGUGACCGUUGCAAAAGCCGGUUCCAGGUAUUCCCAGGCCGCCGAGAGGAAGAUGGCCGGUUGGCCUCGGGCGGCGCAUGCACUCACCACCCCGGUCGGACGUACUACCCGCAGAGGCAAGCCAGCGACCGGUCAGGCCAGGAGCGGCGGUACAAGUGCUGCGGGCAGGCGGUCGGCGAUUCUACGGGCUGUGUUACUACGGAUAUGCACGUUUGGAAGACGUCCAGCAAGAACCGCCUCGGCUCGCUGUGGAACUUUGCAGAGACGCCAGCGAAUCCCAACGUGCCCAAGGACCGGGCAGUCUGUUUUGACUGCGAGAUGGGCUAUACCGUCAACGGUUUCGAACUGAUCCGCCUCACUGCCACCUCGUGGCCGGAUGGAGAGGAACUACUGGACGUGCUGGUGCAGCCGACGGGGGAGAUCAUGGACCUCAACUCGAGGUACUCGGGCGUCUGGCCCGAGGACAUUGUCAACGCGCUGCCCUUCUCCGCGACAGAGAAGCCACCGCCGCCCAAGGAGGGCGAGAGGAAGCGGCUGCCCAUGGUCUCGUCUCCGAUCGUUGCUCGGGACCUCCUCUUCUCGCUGAUAUCCCCGGAGACGCCGCUCAUCGGCCACGGUCUCGAGAACGACCUCAACAGCGUCCGCGUCGUCCAUCCCACCUUAGUCGACUCCAUCCUGCUGUACCCGCACAGCCGAGGCCUGCCCAUGCGGAACGGUCUGAAGCAUCUCAUGCAGCUCCACCUGGGCCGGACGAUCCAGGCCGAGGAGACGACGAAUGGCGAGAUGCAGGGCCACGACAGCGCCGAGGAUGCCCGGGCCGCCGGAGAGCUGGUCAGGUUGAAGGUCAAGAAGGAGUGGGAGCAGAUGAAGAAGGACGGCUGGACGCUUGUCGAGGGUAAGUUCCUCGCGCCAGGCACAAGGCCCUAG